UUGCAAACGACAAACAGUGAGGAAGUUGAACGAAGUGACCGACUGAAGUUCCGGUCCUUGGUCCUCUGUAAUCCCGGUGCAUCCCGAUUGUGUGCGCGUGAAAUAAAGGACUCUCUCUCUCAGCCAAAGCAUGGAUAAGAUCUGCCGUUCCCAGCUGCCGGAUUCAUCCUCAUCGCCACCGCUCAGUGGUAUCCAUGGGUUCCACAGCUUCGAUGAUGAGCUAAUUGCCGAUCUGCCAUCGUGCGUCUAUGCAACGCAUCAUCAUCAUCCGCUCGGAAGUAUUCCUGGGAAUAAUGGGAGUGGUUCCGUUGGAGUUGGCGGCACCAGCACGGCCCAAUCUGGCCACAGUGGCCACAGCAGUAACAGCAACAACAAUAGCAGCGGUAGUCCUCCAAACUUGAGGCUUAACACAAACAGCUUGCGACAGAUGCAGUAUCUGCACCCGAAUGAAUGUCUCGACUCGUCAACACCGCCGAGUCCUUCGCUAUCUACCACCAUGAGCAGCCAUCCGUACAAUCCGCCACCGUACAAGAUGCAACGCCAGCAGCAGACCAGUGUCCGCGAACGGAAGCGCAUGAUGCGUUCGGCGCCGAAUGGCAGUAUCAACUCAGCGUUCGAUGAGCUGCGGGUACACGUGCCCACGUUCCCGUACGAGAAACGGCUCAGCAAGAUCGACACCCUACGGUUGGCGAUCGCCUACAUUGCACUGUUGCGCGAAGUUCUGGAGGCAGAUUACGAUCCGCUGACUUACGUGGAAAAGUGUCUCCGAGGAGAAAUCAAGGCGGAUCGUGCCCACUGGAAUACAAGCGAUCUUACUGCCCGGCUAUCGUGGAUCAACUGGGAAAACUUAGGUGUCCAUCCGGGCCGCCGCACCAUACUGACGUCGCUAGCGUUGGGCUCUUCGGAGAGUCUCGGUUGUGGACCGCCACCACACUUGAUUUAAAUGCUUCCGCGAGGCGAGCCUUUUCCUGGUGAUCGCCGUUGGAUGUCUUCCGUUCGUUGCUAGUCCUAUCCAAGAUAAGUAGAUU